UAUGAUUUGUGAAAAAUGAGUUUUUUUUCAAUUGAUGAGAUACAAAUUACAAAACACAUUUUCGUAGCGUGUAGAGAUCAAGAUGGGCAUGUGUUCAUACUUUCCUAUGGACGGCCCUGGGUGCCCCUUGCAUAGGUGACAAGCAAUGUCUGUAUUGUGAUUAACUAUUGAGUAUUGAGCUGAAUACCUUGACCUACAGCAAAAAAUCAAUAGAUCAUGGGCAAGCAAAGCAUCUAGCACAUACACUUUCAGCCAAUAUUUUUCUGUGUUUUCCAUAUUCUAAAAUAGGCAAGAAUUACAAUACAGUACCGUCCUAGGUAUUUUGGUGAAUUGACGCUGGCAAUGCAAAUCUGACGUGAUUCUGAGGAUUGAGAUAAUUUAACUUUCAAUUUGGUAUUGAUGCUUAUGUUAUUGAUCCCUCAAUAUUUACCAAAUUGUUAUCACAUCAUUGUAUGCAUAUUUGCUAAGUAAGCAUGCAGGGGAGCCCUCUGCCUUCAACUGUGCAGGCUGUGGCUCUUAUCUGAAGAAAUUUGUGAUAAUGGGGAUAAUAUUGAAUAUAAUGCAUAUUGUGUAUGUAAGUCACAAAAAUAGAAGUUAAAUUACCAUUUUGGUAGUAGGAAUAGGGAUUUGGUGGGGAAAUUCAAUGUAAUUUUUGUAUUUUGGAUUGGUAUGGUAUAUGUGAACAUUGGUAUGCACCCAUAUUGAUAAAAUUUAUGCCACCAGUCACAGUCCUAAUUGUUCUUAGGAAGCUGAAGAAAACUCUUGAGAAUGUUGAAACACGUAUUAGCAAGAAGAUCAUUGCUUCUUAUGAUGCCUAUGUGGAGAUGCAAGUGGUAUUCAUCAAACUCGCAUAAGCCUACAGCUGACAAUGAAAUCCUAGAGCUCCAAAUUAUUAAUCAUCUAUAUUCUGACUCUCUUAAAUCACUUCAACACUCAUCAAAAGUAUUUGACCAAGGAAAUAAAGAUAUGAGCAAUGAUUCAACCAAACCAUCCAUAAUAUUUCUGCAAAGUCUAGAUGUGAUCAGACCCCACACCAGGCCAAAUAGGCACCAGCUGACUGUUCUGACUGAGGCGGCUCUGAGUGGACUCACCAGCUCGCCACUGUCGGCUGCUGAGCGCGACCUGCUGCUGGUGUCGGCCGCUUUGGUGACCCGCCGGCCGGACCCGGUUCGGCCGGCCGUGCUCUCGGCUCUGGCGGACACCAGUGACACUGGCGCCACGCUGCGGCUGCUGUACGUGGCCGGUGUGGCGCGGCUGCGCCUGCCGGCCGCUCUGUGGCGGAGCGUGCAGCGCCGGCUGGCCGACCGCUGCGCCGCGCUCUCCGAGCCGGACCUGCUGGCGCUCAGCUCCUCCUCGUUCCGGUGCGGCGCGGCCGUCAGCAGCGGCCGGCUGCAGCAGCGGCUGCUCUCCGCCGCCCGCCGGCUGGCUGACUCGGACCGCCAGACGGGACCGCUGGUCGCCCUGCUGAAGGCGCUCCGGCUGGCGCGCGUCUCGUGCGCGCCGCUGCUCGCCUCGCUGCGCGGUCUGGUGUCGCGGCGCGGCGCCGCUCUGUCCCUGCCGGCCGCCGCCCACCUGGGCGCCUGCUGGUGCUCCCCUCCUCUCCGGGAUCCAGCGCUGCUGGCUGCACUCGAGGCCACUCUGCGAGGACGGCUGGAGACGCUACUGAAUCGACAACAGAUCUCAGCCAGCGGCAGCUGCCCAGAUGGCAGCAGCGUCCCAUCAAUAGAUGACGCCACCGAUCCUGUACCGGACGGCCGACCGAAGGACGUCGCCCGUCUGCUGUACACAUUCGCCCACCUGGGUCACACGCCCUCCCCCGAUACGCUGGAGGUGACGGAGCGGUGGAUGGCCGGCUGGUCGACCGGUCGUCCGCUGCCCCUGGUGGACGCUCUCCUCUCGCUGGCAAUCCUCGGCAGGUACCCCCAGACGCUGCUGGAGCGGGUACUGACGGAGGACGUGUCACAGCGGCUGGCAGCCGCCGGCCGGCCUCGUCAGCUCAGCCGUCUGGCGCUGCUGCACCAGGCCGCCCGUCUGGAGGCGGGUCUGUGUCCGCCGCCGCUGCGGCUGGCGGCGGCCGACGGUGCGCUGCCGGCGCCCUGUCUGCAGCGCGAGCUGCGCCGGCGCCCGCGGCUGGCACCUCUGCUGGAGCGGCUGCGGCGCCAGCAGCCGGCCGCCCGGGUCGAGCUCGGCUACCCGGUGCCGCACGUGAACUGGGCCAGCGUGCUGCUCAGCUGGCCCGACGGCCGUCGCGCCGCCGUGGAGCUGCUCGACGGUGACGCCCUCCUCCUCACAGCGUCUGACGUCAGCGGGCGUCCUUACGUAACCGGGUGUGAUGGCGUCAGUGAACAGUAUGACGUCAGUCGACGUAGGGACGUCAGUGGGUCUGUUGUCACUGUACCCGAUGACGCCACCGGUAGUGGUGUGGGUGCGCCGUGCGGCACAGGUGAAGGCCGGUCAGUGACGGGUCCGGAGACCGCCGUCGGACUGAUCAGGCUAAAGGCCCGUCUGUCUGAGAGACUAGGUUACCUAGUGUGGUGGGACCCGGGACUCGCCUGCGGCUAGAACCGCCACCGGGGUGGUCGUAUCGUUUAUUGACAAAUGUUCGCGUGGCGGUGGUGUCAACUCGUAAAACGUCUGGCGCCUUUGAAAGUAGCUCUCUGGGGUAGAACCCUGGUGGUGUGCGAAGCAGAGCCAAAUGGAGUGGGAUUGGGGGCAAUAUAAUGAAUAGGAGGGAUGUGAUUGUGAUACGAUUUAAUCUAACUUUAUUUUCUAAUCAUUCAUUUUUGAUAAUGUUGUGGCAUCGAUGUUGACUGGCGUAGGUCCGUACAAUGUAUCGAAUGGCACCAGGCGUGUGGCUUAAACUCUAACCAAACGCUUUUAUUAGGCAACUUGGGCUUUCUGUAUUUUAUUCCGGGCGGUGCCGCUCGAAUGCUACGAUUCAUGAUGUGUUUAUAAUGAAUCGUUGUUCGUUAUUGUCUGUCUGUCAUAAAGAUGCAUUGUUUGCUAUAUCGAACCUGAUGAAUAAAUCAAUAUGCGAACA